AAAAGUUCGUGCCGAGGGACGCCAACUGGGUCGAGCGGGUAGCGAGGAGGUCGAGCUGACUGUCGGAAGGAGAUGAUCUGCGCGAGGCGGUAGUAUCCGGUCAGCUAUCGUCGAGUACUGCGCGGUGCGAGAGCAUGGAGGCAUCACCGGGCGAUCCCACAAUGUUCACGAGCGAGAUGGAUCUCCUGUCGACGCUCGACUUUGCCUCACCAACGUCGAGCGCGAGUCUCGCGGGCGCUCAAGCGGGCAGUGUGACUUCACCAGGCGCUCCUGUCGUCGCCUCGAGCACCUUAGCUGCUGGUACGAUGCUCAAACAAUCACAAUCUACUCAGCCAUCCAUGUCAGCCUAUCCGACGGGCAUCGCGAAUCCGCAUCAUCCUAGGCCGCCUUCGCCCAGCUCGAGCAGAGCGUUCAGUAACGCGUUCAACAAUAUGUCCAGCAGCGUCACCAGCAGUCUAGAUGCCCAGUCGCCCGCUGCCAUGUACCAGGAUGGCGCGUCGCCUGCUGGCUCUGUCAGUUCUGCGCGAUCGCAUCCAUCUGGCUCGAUGCACAGGCAGAUCUCCGUCGAUGUUGGGCCAUCGACCCCUCUUGCAGGACCUUCGCAUGAGUCAGCGCGAUUCCAUUGGCCGAUGGCCGCCUCACCCGGUCCUGCGGGGUCUGCUCAGCUUUCCGGCUCAGACAGAGCUACUGGCAGGAGUCAGACCGCUUCACCUCGUCUACCGCCCUCGUUCGGUACGGUCGCCUCUCAUGGGUCUGCACAGCCAACAGCAAGCGGGCACAGUAAGACGCCAUCGAUGCAGCCAGCUUUGCCGCAGACGAUCUUGGAUCAGCUCAUAAAGGAGCAUCAGAUGAGAUCUGGUCCGCCGAGUCCUGCAUCUCAAGGCUCGGCCACCGCCUCUUCGAUGACGUUCUCGAGCGGCAGCCACCGGCGUUUUGAAUCGAGUGGUGCCGCUGCCACACUCCAGCAUGCACUGCCGAGUGGCUAUUCGCACCAUACACAGUCGCCAUCCGGUCGCUCGCAGCCGCAGACUCAAUCUCAGGCUUCUGCAAGCAUUGCUGCUUCGCUUGCACUUGCGGCAAGCCUGAAAGCCGCAUCGCAGCAUGCAACAACGUCAAGCAACUAUGCUCACAUGACGACGCAGCCUCAGUCUUACAGUCAUGCUGGACCGGAUUCGAAAUACCUUCAGCCGACUGCCGGCCACGUCCGCAUGACCUCUGAUGGCUCUGCUGGCAGCUUACCCGCGCUCAACUUUGAUCUCGACGUACCUGUCAACAUGGAUGACCUUCAACAAUUCUUGCAGCAACACCAGCAGACCGGCACUGGGUCUGGACGUCUCAGCAACCACGACAUGCUGGCAUCUAUCGGUCCAGGCGCGAGUAACGGUAGCUCGAGUGGCUUUAGAACUGAAUCGGACCCCUGGGACGAGGAAUCGCUUCUUUUCACACCGCUUCUCUCGCCCGCAAUGACGCCAAUGUCGAGCUUCUCGCAAGUCGGCUCAAGUGGUCCGAUGCCGAGUCACGUCAGCCCGGCAGAGUUCUUCUCGCCUCUCACAUCGCCGGCGCUGCAGCCUAACGAUGGCGGACAGAUCCCAUCGAACCUGAGCAGCUUGAGUGAACUCGUCCAACAGGCCAAUGCAAUGGGUCUCGGACCCAAUGAUAUCUCGACCGCCAUCAAGGCCCAUGCUUUCAUUCUGCAGAACCCGGGCGCUUUUGGGAACUUUGGCUCUGCAUCGGGCGCUCAAACGAACGCGACAUCGACCGGCAACGGACACAAUCGCGGUUCCUCUCGCUCGCAACCUCGCGAAAGACCUUCGCCUAUGAUGAAUCCCGUCAAGCGGGUCUCGACGAAGAAGAAAGGCGCUCGCAAUACGCUCUCUGCUAAUGCCUCGCCCGCAUUACUGCCUAGGAGCGGCGGUAGCUCCACCUCGUCGCCAAGCUUGCUCGCUCAAUCCAAUGCAAGCAUCAACGGUCGCUCGACACCGGACACAUCAAGCUCGCCGCCUCACGCAGACGGGAGCAACACGCCGUCGCCUGUUGACCUCGAGCACACCAAAGAGGUGACGAUCUCAGACUCGAUGCUGCCGCCGCCUCUGCCGCUGUCCAGUUCAGCCAUGGCGCCCGUUACGCCUGCGAGUAUUAUGAACUUCUCUGCGAAUCAGAUGACUCACAUGCACUCGCCUGUCUUCUCGGCAUCUACGACCCACGACGACAACCUGAUACCGUUUGAGACAUCGGCAGUGCCUGCCAAGAGAACCCGAACUGGACGGAAAUCCGCUUCUGCAAGCCCAAGUCUGAACCCUCAGCUCGACGUCGAACCCAGGCGUAAAGGCGUCAAUGCUACGAGCGACAGUGGUCCUGUCAUGACGUCAAGCGGGCGGGUAGUGCAGCCCGCCAAGUCUGCUGUCACGACUCUGACCAAAGCCAAGCGUUCUAGCCGCUCGAAAGCAUCCAGUGAGUGCCUCUUCUGUUCCUCAAUCUAUACGCUCAAAGGGUUCGCAGUGCAAGAUAGCGAUUACAACGGCAAGACACCUUUGCCGGACAACCGCAAGACGAGUCACAAAGCUGCAGAACAGAAACGCAGAGACAGUCUCAAGUCGUGCUUUGACGAGCUCCGAUAUCUGCUCCCGCCUAUCGCGCCUGAUCUCGAAGAGGAUGCAGCUGAAGGACUGCGUAGGCCAGGCGAAGGCAACGUCGGCGGCCAGCGCGGCAUCGUCGUCGAUCCGCUCAAUCCCAAUAAAGGCAUCAGUAAGGUCGCCUUGCUUCGCAAAUCCAAUGAGUAUAUCAUCAAGCUCCACCGACGCAUGGCCAAGCGGGACGAUACGAUCGGUCUGCUGCGCGAACGUGUGAAGGAAUUCAAACGACGUCUCGGCGAGCCGGAAGACGAAGGGUUGGACGGCAUCGACUUUUCAAACGAUUCAGAAGCAGAGGAAGAUCGGAGAGAGCGACAAGCAUGGAGAGAGCCAGACUUCUUUGCAGAGGAAGAGAUCGAAGUGCAGACAGCAAGUGUGACGCCUGUACGUCGAGGCUCGCGAUCACGAAGAAGCGUUUCAGAGACGUCGGACGUGAUGGAUUACACACUGUAGACAACAACAUUGAGACGGCAAUCUAGAUGCUGUCGACCAGGUAGACAGAGACUUUUCAGCUAAUUCAGAGAUGUAUUUACGUGAGCUUGUGCGUACGAGUAG